AUGCUUCUCUUGGCCCUCCUCACAGCAGUUUCUACAGAUCACAAGCGCUGUGACCCUCCCAACACCGUGCUGUCAGAAGCUCUGCGAAAGGCACAGAUGCGGAAGCAUUCAGCCGGCCAGUCGGGGCGACGGGCUCUCCGUCCUAGGACCGUGGCCCAGUUUGUCCCUAACCUCGCGGAGAAGGCCCCGGCGCUGGUCAACGCUGCUGCGACUUACUCGAAGCCUCGAUUGGCCACGUUUUGGUACUAUGCCAAGGUUGAGUACUAUGCCAAGGGGUUGGUUCCUCCAACCCCUGCUGAGAUCCCUACAGCAAUGCAGAGCUUGAAAAAAAUUAUCAACAGUGCUAAAACCGGUAGCUUCAAACAGCUCACUAUUAAGGAAGCUCUACUGAAUGGUUUGGUGGCCACUGAGGUGUGGAUGUGGUUUUAUGUUGGCGAGAUCAUAGGCAAGCGUGGCAUCAUUGGCUAUGAUGUUUGAAGACCAAUUUUUAACAUGUGACUAUAUUUGCUUUAUUAUUCAAGUGUUCUUGGACCA